AAACCGAGGAGUCGAUAUGCUGUGAAUGGCUCUGGUGACACUACAGAAGAUCCAGAUGGGGACUCCAGAGACCAAUGUCCUCUAACUGAUGAGCAAUUGGUUUCGGGGUUUUCAGAUGUCAUCCUGGCAACAAUUUUGGCUACCAAGUCAGAUAUGUGUGGCAAAAAGUUUGAACUGAAGAUUGAUAAUGUUCGCUUUGUUGGCCAUCCCACAUUGCUUCAGCAUGCCCUUGGGCAGGUAUCCAAAACAGAUCCCUCACCCAAGAGAGAGAUGCCCACAAUGAUUCUCUUCAACGUGGUGUUUGCACUAAGGGCCAAUGCAGAUCCAUCUGUGAUAAACUGCUUACACAAUCUUUCCCGAAGAAUCGCCAUAGUCUUGCAGCACGAGGAGCGCCGCUGCCAAUACCUGACCAGGGAGGCCAAGCUGAUCUUAGCUAUUCAGGAUGAAGUGUCUGCCAUGUCAGAAACCACGGAAGGGCCACAGUCACCUUUUCAUCACAUCCUACCCAAGUGCAAACUGGCCAGAGAUCUCAAAGAGACAUAUGACAGUCUCUGCACAACAGGAGUGGUCCGUUUACAUAUCAACAACUGGUUGGAAGUGAGUUUCUGCCUGCCUCAUAAAAUCCAUUAUGUUGCCACAAACUUUAUACCCCCUGAAGCAAUUGAAAGAAGCCUGAAAUCCAUCAGGCCCUACCAUGCCUUAUUACUUUUAAAUGAUGAGAAGUCAUUGCUUAAUGAGCUCCCGUUGGACUGCUCUCCUGCCCUGGUGAGAGUAAUUAAAACUACCUCUGCUGUGAAGAAUUUGCAGCAACUGGCUCAAGAUGCUGACUUGGCAUUGCUGCAGGUUUUCCAGCUUGCUGCACAUCUCGUUUACUGGGGAAAAGCAAUUAUUAUUUAUCCGCUGUGUGAAAAUAAUGUCUACAUGCUUUCUCCAAACGCCAGUGUCUGUCUUUACUCUCCUUUAGCAGAUGCAUUUUCUUGUCAGUUCCGGGGGCACAACCUGCCAUCAAUGCUUUCCAAGUUCUCCCUCCCAGUGUCACUCUCGGAGUUCAAGAACCCACUCGCGCCACCUGUUCAGGAGACUCAGCUCAUUCAAAUGGUGAUAUGGAUGCUCCAACAUCGGCUUCUUAUUCAGCUUCACACUUACGUCUGUCUGAUGGUGCCACCAAAUGAGGAGGAUUUCCGAGCCCAAGAUGAAGACAUGCCUUUUACAGCCAGAGUUGGAGGCCGAAGUUUAAGCACCCCCAAUGCUCUCAGCUUUGGCUCUCCAACUAGUAGUGAUGACAUGACUCUGACAAGCCCUAGCAUGGAUAAUUCCAGUGCUGAGUUGAUACCUGGUGGGGACUCACCCCUAAAUAAAAGGAUGACGGAAAAUCUCCUAGCAAGCUUGUUGGAACAUGAGCGGGAAGCUAUCCUUAAUGUCCCUGCUGCCCAAAAUCCAGAAGAUCUUCGCAUGUUUGCAAGGCUGCUGCACUAUUUCCGGGGCCGGCACCAUUUGGAGGAGAUCAUGUACAAUGAGAACAUGCGUCGCUCCCAGCUGCUGAUGCUGUUUGACAAGUUCCGCAGUGUGCUGGUGGUGACCAGCCACGAGGACCCCGUGAUUUCAGUUUUUCAGUCCCUCUUAAAGUGACUCUACUGGCAAAGGGUGGGAACCUGCUACAUGCUCCAUACUGACAGUCUAAAAGAUGCCUAAGAACUGAACGAGGUGACUUCAAUUCCUUU